CUGUUGUCAUUGUCUGUGGUGCAAUUUUGCAUCGAAGUGAAAUUUGUAGCUGCACAAAUUUUAAUAUUUUCAUUUUCCAGAUCGUGUAGUUGAUUUUUAAUUUUCACUAACCAGUGCACUGUAAUCCCUUCAUCACGAACCGGAUUUGUGGUCACCAUCAAAUUCUAGGGAUCUGCUGUCUUUGUUUGGUAUUUCCCUUUCUUGGAACCAUGGCCUGGCGUUCCCGUGGAUUGAGUAAUGCGGAUCUGAUUCGCCAAUUGAAAGAAUAUGGGGUAAUCAAGAGUGAAGCCGUGGCCCAGGCAUUGACUGCGACGGAUCGUAAAUUUUAUGUUGCAAGCAAUCUAAAUCCUUACGUUGAUUCCCCUCAGAGAAUUGGCCAUGGCGCAACCAUUAGUGCACCUCAUAUGCAUGCUUACGCUUUGGAACUGCUGGAGAAUCACUUGAAAGCGGACAGUAGGGUGCUGGAUGUGGGAUCUGGAUCCGGUUAUCUAACCGCUUGUUUUGCUCGAUACAUUCACGCUAAAGAGAAUGCCUCCGGUCUUGUGGUAGGGAUCGAACACCAUCCUGAAUUAGUCAAACUUGGAAUAAAAAAUAUCCGGGAGGACGACGCCAGUUUAAUUGAAACAGGAAAGGUUAUCAUGGUUGAGGGUGACGGCCGUCAAGGCUCGAAGGAACAUGCUCCGUAUGAUUGUAUCCAUGUGGGUGCAGCGGCUCCGGAAACACCAACAGAGCUCAUCAACCAGCUUAAACCCGGUGGCCGCAUGAUUAUCCCGGUUGGACCCGAUGGGGGAACCCAAUAUCUGGAACAGUACGACAAGGAUUCGAAUGGCAAGGUGUCCAACACCCGACUGAUGGGGGUGAUGUACGUGCCGUUGACUGAUCUUCACACGUGAUGCCCGAACCGACAUACGGUUUUCCUGUGGGUCCGGGUAAUGCUGGUGCUUCUGUUGCUGUUGCUGUUAGCUCACAGCAUAAAGAAACGAUUUUUCUGAGAACCGGAACCAGAACACAAUUUUCAUCAAACUAAAUACUAAAUCCUGUGACCGUAUGUUGUUUUAGUAUUCACUUCUUCUAACUCGAUGCUUGAUUAUACUAGAGAUAUUUAUUUCAGUGAUGUCGAUACAAUGUAAUAUUUGAUAUAGAUUUUAAGCUUUCGAUUAUUUUUGAUCUUAUUUACUAUUUAACAAUUUCGGCCUUGUUCAUAUAUGUUAUUAGAAAGAACGGGGCAGUUUGCAUACAUAUUACUGUGUAGAUCCUAAUGAAGCCUAUCAAGAACAUAA